AUGAAAAAAGAUGAAAUGCAAGAAGCAGAAUGUUGUUGCAAAACUCAAAAAGACAGAUAUGUUUUAAUCUUUGUGUCAUUAAUUAAUAUGAUCAUUUUUAAAGAGAUGACAAGUGAGGUGGAAAGAAACAUUUGA